AUGUGUUUAUACAGAGGGUAUAAAACAUUUUCAAUGUUUUGUUUUAUGGAAGUUGACAAUGCUACCAAGCAGCCUAUAAUUCAUAUGAAAGGAUGCUUUUCCAGUGGUGAAGACUGCUACAAAAAAAAUGAAUGUGUUGCUAAAGCACAUGAGACUAGAAAUGGUUAUUUGUUUUGUUGCUGUGAAGGUGACUAUUGCAAUAAAAGAUUUGAAUCUCGUAAAGAACUUUCUACUGAACGGCCAGUAGUCAAUCAUCCUGCAACUAAACCUGGUCAUACAGUAUUUCAUAUAUUAUUAUUCACAUGCCUAGCUCUGCUUUUAGCUUUUGGCAUUAUAUUUGUGGUCUAUUAUUUUUUGAAAACAUGCAAGGUUAAUUACCAUGAGUCUCCAACACAAGCUUUACUUCCUACAAUACCUCAGUCACCGACUGAAGAUCUCGGCCAUAUUCAAUUGCUAGAGGUAAAAGCUUCAGGUCGUUUUGGAUCAGUUUGGCGUGCAAAACGUAAUGACGAUGAAGUUGCUGUUAAAAUUUUUCCAGUUCAGGAUCAACAAUCCUGAGCAGGAAUAUUCAAACUUCCAAAUAUGUGUCAUCCUGAUAUACUUGAAUACAUUGGUGUAGAGAAGCGAGGUGAUCACCUUCACACAGAAUUUUGGCUUGUGACAGCAUACCAUCAUCGAGGAUCAUUAUGCGAUUAUCUGAAAGCUCAUACUGUGACUUGGAAUGAAAUGGGCCGCAUAGCAGAAUCUAUGGCAAGAGGAUUAACUCACUUGCAUGAUGUAAUUCCAGGACCAAAAGGAAUGGAAAUAAAACCUGCUGUUGCUCAUCGUGAUUUCAAGAGUAAGAAUGUUCUCUUGAAAGCUGAUAUGAGCGCUUGUAUUGCUGAUUUUGGAUUGGCCCUCAUAUUUCAACCAGGAAAGGCCUGUGGUGAUACACAUGGACAAGUUGGAACUCGUCGUUACAUGGCUCCUGAGGUAUUAGAAGGAGCCAUAAAUUUCACAUUGGAUGCAUUUUUGAGAAUCGAUAUGUAUGCAUGUGGUUUAGUUCUUUGGGAAUUAGCUUCCAGAUGCUCUGACCAAGGAAUUCCUUGUCCAGAGUACAAAUUACCAUUUGAAGCAGAAGUUGGUACACAUCCAACAUUAGAAGAGAUGCAGGAAGCAGUUGUAACAAAGAAAGUACGACCAGCAAUUUUAGAUCAGUGGAAACAACAUCCAGGUUUAGCAACCAUGUGCAACACUAUGGAAGAGUGCUGGGAUCAUGAUGCUGAAGCACGCUUAUCUGCCAGUUGUGUUAUGGAACGUGUCAGUCAUUUGAUGCGUUAUGACGUACAGCAAAGUGAGGGUCUCAUAUUAGAGACUAAUCCGAAAGUAUCUUUGUGAUUGAGUUAAUGGAUAUUUACAGUGUUAAAUAUUUAAAUGCAUAAUGAAAUAAUUUUAUAGAAACAAACAGAUUUUUGUGUUAUAAAUGA